GGCGCUGCCUGGGCUUGAGCUGCCUCCUUCCUCUGCUUCAGUGAAGCAUGGCCGGGCCGCGCUGCCGAGGGCUGGUGCUGAGGGGCACUAAUCUGCUGCUGCUGUUACAUUGCAGGGCUCGGGAUGGACUUUCUGACACUCUUCCUGAUUUACUUGGGGUUUAUCCUCACUACUGUUGCUCUACUCUGCGUCUGCUCGGGAAGGAAGGAGAGUUUCCUCACAAGAAGUGUCAACGGUGCAAGUCAGGUAUUGUCAUUUGUAAUCCCCACACAGCUCCAGAGAGUGACACAGAGGGCACUUCACAGGCUCUUCCAUACAAGAAGCUGUUUGUUUGUUGCCCUGCAUGUGGCCUUGCAAGCUGCAGUGUAUGGGGAAUACACAUGGGAAGUGUUUGUGUACUGCUGGGAGCUUCAGUUCCACCUCCUCCUCCUGCUGCUGCCCUACCUGCUGCUGGCUGGGAACAUGGGCUGCUUCAUCCUCUGCUCCCGGGCCAACCCUGGUAUAAUAACAAAAUCAAAUCAUGCAUCGUUGGUUAAGAUUUAUGCAUAUGAUGGUGUAUUAUUUCAGAAAGGCGUCGUGUGUCCUACAUGCAACAUGGAGAAGCCAGCCAGAUCAAAACAUUGCAGUUUCUGCAGUAUGUGUGUGCAUCGUUUUGAUCACCACUGCGUGUGGGUCAACAACUGCAUUGGUGCCUUCAAUGCAAAAUAUUUCCUCCUGUACCUCUUCUCGCUGGCUGCCACAGCCGCAGCCAUCGCCACCAUCACGGCAGCGUUUCUCAUCCAAGUGGUGCUGCUGUCCAAUAUGAUGCACGGGAGUUACAUCGAUGAGCAAGGACAGGAGCGCGCUGUUGAGAUUCUCUUCCUUGUUCAGCACCUUUUCUUGACUUUUCCUAGGGUUGUCUUCAUGCUUGGGUUUGUUAUUCUUCUCACCCUCGUCCUGGGUGCAUACUGCUGUUUCAAUCUAUAUUUGGCCUUAACCAACCGAACUUCCAAUGAAUGGUAUAAAUCCAGAAGAUACAGGUGUUCCCACCAUCUAACGUUGCAGCCUCAUGACAGACAAGUUGUCUACAAAAACAUUUAUUCUAAAGGAGUCUGGAUGAAUUUAAAGGAGAUCUUUAAGCCUCCUACAGUAUUGGAAAGAAAAAAGACAACAUGAAGAUACCAUUCUUUGUAUGUGCAUUUUAAAACUUUUUGUAAGACUUUAUUUCAGCAGCAUUUGAUGCUCUGAACGACUUUUGUAAAAAGAUUACUGUGUUUCAGUUAAGAAUUUGAAAACUAAGUUUUCAUAAAGUUGACCAGUGUUGAAAAAACUAAGAGUUCUUCCAAGUCUAUCUGUAACACUACUCAUACUGCUUGUGACAGGGGCCUGUUAGUCUUUUCCGACACCAUCACAGUACAGAAGCAAGCUGGGCUAGAGUUAGGUUCAGCUAAGGAACACAUACACAAGGAACGUUUUUUUUAUGGUUACUGUUUUGUAUGCUGCAUAAUAUAUACAACCAUGUAACAGACAAACAGUUCCUAAGGCACUUUGGUAUGGCUUAAGUACUCUUCCUGCAGGAGACUUUACAGAAACAUAGCAAUGUCACACAUAUGGAAGUGACAUUUAUUUGUCAAUUUUUAGUUUGUUUUUUUUUUUCCCCUGCAGGGAAAAUAAUAAUGCACAGCUGACUGCAGUAUUCUGAUUAACAAUGCCUCAGCAGAGCACUAUUGAAGAUACUUCAUUUGGUGAGAUCUGAGGUUAAGCUUAGUCCUCUUGUUUCCUUGUUAGAGGGACCAGUAGUGGAUGUACUGGUAUUGGUAUUGAGAGGCGAGUUUGGUCCAUCUUGCUGAAGUGAAUCUCUCUGCAUGCACUUGCAAGGAAAGAGCUAACAAAGAGCUGCUUUGAGGAAGCUUCAUCUCUUUGUAUGUUUAUCUGGCAAAUUAUUAAGCCAUUACUAUUAACAAUAUGUAGAACAGGUUGCACAUAUUUAGCUGGAAAAAACCAGCAUGAUUAUGGGCAGAAUUGGAAUCUGCAGAAACCAUGUUCUACUGCAGAUUUGUACUACUAUGGUACACCUUGAUUGUAGCAGUAGUUGCCUAGAAAGGAAACUACUGCAAGUGCCACUUCUCCUUACUUGCCAAGUCUCUUUCUUGAUACUUAUUUUCAGCUCAUUCAAAAUAAGAUGCCAUUUCAGCCUUAGAAUCAUGAAAAUGGUGAAAAUCUGGACACAAUUUCAGCAUACUGAAAAGGGUAUCAGAAAUCUGAUGGAGCUCUGGCCAUACAGGUCCUGGCAGAUGCCUUCUGGCAUUUCUCAUCUCUGUACCAUUGUUGGAUCUGUUCACAGCAAGAGGCUCAACUCUCUUUUGGGCAUUUCUUUGUAUUUUGAGCAUUUUGCAGCUGCAGAGGUUACAGUUGAGGCUGUUUCUAGGGCUGUCCACCUGCCAUGACUGAACAGACCACUUCAAGAGUGACAUGGCCUUCCACCCUGUACAGGAAUUCUCUAGGGGAAUGCCAAAAGGCAAUUAAUUGAGCAGUGUCCCUCACAAGAACCCUCUGCCUUAACAGCAGAAGACAAAUCCCUCCAAGUAGGGAUCAUCUGAAAGAUCUCCAAAGCAUCGAUGGACUCACUGCUUUUAGAGGCUUGGGCUUGUUCUGGGAAGAACAGCACGUUUGACUCGCCCAGUGAUGAGGGUUUCUGAAGCACAAAGUGGCCCUGUUUUUUUCUCUCUCCAGUUCUUCUGUUUGAGUGAUAAUACAGCAAAAAUUGGAAAAAUACAGUUAACUUUAAAUAACUUUAUUUUUAAAAAUGUCUUUAUUUACAUGCCGAAUCUGUACAAUAUGCAAUUAAAAAUCCAUAUAUGUUUUUUUUUUUUUUAAAAAAAUCAUAUACAAUAUGGCUUUACACACCAACAGACUAGCUCUCAGAGCAGCCUGCCUGGCAUUGCAAGGGUACAACAAUGCAUUCUUUCAUAGACCAGUAUGUAAGGCUACUUGUCCAGGAUAUAAAAUAAAAUA